AAAGAGAGACAAACACUGGCUAUAACAAGUAAUCAAACCUAAUUCACCCGGUCCAGGGAAAGAACUACGCGGUUAGUGCAUGGUAUAUAAGGCAACCCCACCUCAUGUCCAAAUUGUGGCUGUAGCAAAAAGAGGAAGGAGAAAAAAAGUAUUGGUGAAAAACAAACAGUCACCAAUCUUUUAACAUGGAGAUGAGUCUGGCGACAAUAAUCUUCACCUUCACCUUCACUUUUUGCACUAUCUUUAUCAUUCCUUGUUCGGAGGCAGCUGAGAAAGGCCAAGGCAACGGCUUGCAUGUUGGAUUUUAUGGACUCAGAUGUCCCAAUGCGGAGCAAAUUGUGGCUGACGUUGUGUCCAAGGCUGUGGAGGCAGACCAAAAGCUCCCCGCUGCCUUUAUUCGACUCUUUUCCCAUGAUUGCUUUGUCAAGGGGUGCGAUGCCUCAAUUCUGUUGGAUUCAACGCCCUCGCAUGAGCCUGUUGAGAUUCAAUCACCAGCCAAUGUUGGGAUGAGAGGUUUGGAAGUCAUUGAUGAGAUCAAGGCCAGGCUAGAGGCAGAGUGUCCAGAAACCGUCUCUUGCGCUGACAUUUUAGCAUUUGCUGCUCGGGAAGCCGUGGCUCUCGCCGGCCUACCACGUCACAAAGUCCCCGCAGGCCGUCGCGACAGCCGUACUUCCCGCGCUACUGACGUCACCCUUCCUGCUCCUGCAACACCUCUCAACGAGAUCAUAGAGUACUUCAGCAGAAGAGGCAUGACUUCUGACGAAAUGGUUGUCUUGUCUGGUGCACACUCCAUUGGCGCUGUCCACUGCAGCUUCUUUGAUUACAGGCUGUACAAUUACGACCAAACUCAAGCCCAAGACCCUGCCCUGGACCGGUUCUAUGCUGCUAAUCUGUCUCAACAGUGCCCUGCACCCAACACAUUGCCUGAAGCCGAGGCCAAAAACAGGGUUGUCGACUUCGAUCCCAUAACACCACUCGUCCUGGACAACCAAUACUAUGCGAACCUGAUGCAAGGGAAAGCCUUGCUUCAAUCGGAUCAGGCUCUGGUUACUGAUCCUCGCACCAAAGCUAUGGUGAUAAGCAUGGCUGCUAGUGCUGAUUCUUGGACUCAAAGAUUUGUUAGGGCCAUGAUUAAGAUGGGGAGAAUCAAUGUUCUCACUGGAGAGAAUGGAGAGAUAAGGAAAAACUGCCGGGCCUUUAACCCACUAUAGCUACCUAGGAAAUCUCUUUUGUCAUCAAUUGUGUCUUGGCCUGGAGGACGAAGCUUGUUGCAAGUUUACACCAAUUAUUAUAAAUGUCAAAUGAUUUUUGAUUGGUUUUAA